UUCGUGCACAUUUCGGAAAAUCGCAAGAGUCGUGUCCGCUGUCAAGAAAACUCGCCCGUUCUCUCGCGUAUUAUUUCAAAGGAAGACACGCGUGCACGUUGUCGCCCGCGCGCAAUAACAAUGAUCCGUCGACGUUGGCUGCCUCACCUUCAUGAUCUUCCGCGUGAAUUAACAUUGACAUUAAAUACCGAGCUGAAAACAAAACAAUCAGCGAUAAAAUUAACACCCGCCGAUCGCGACUUCUCCGCGGAUCGAUUGUUGGAAGUUCGUCGAUUACUCGCACUGUGCGCGUCUGUAUUGAUAAACAGGAAUCGCGCCUGACCGCGUCGCGACAUGUUCUUUUGUGUUUUUUGUUGAAAAUAAUAAGUUUCGGUUUGUUCGGAUUUCCCUCGGUGCAGCCGACGAAGGCGCUGGCCAUUGCAAUGCACCAUGUGACAUCUGCGAUCGGCGAUGAUUCGUUCCUUCCUACAUCUGGGGAAUCGAAUUUAAGUUGGUCAUCGGAAGCAAGUCUCUAGUCGAGUAUUCAAGUUGGCAAUAAUUUUGAAUCUGUUUAAAACGGCUCUGGGAGCAUCCGAACGUCAAAUUCUACUGCUGAUCGAAACGUGAAUAAACAAAUUCUUCUAAAUGUUUUUUCAACGAAGCAGAGUGUAUGUGUUGAAUUUGCACACGACUAAACAGUUGAUGAAGAAAAGAUUUCCUUGUUUUCAAAUAAUUGUUGCAUAUGGAGCAAUUUGUUCUUUGCAACAUUGUCGCAUAUUUUUAAUGUCAUUUUUAUGAUGACAGUGUGUGUGUAUUCGUGUCAAUCUAAUAACAAUAUAUGAUUUAUAUACUAUUUAUAAUGCGUAUAAAUGUGAGCACAACAACAAUGGAAUAAGGAGGUUAACACUUUGCAACUUCCAGUGAAUGAUGCUGUGAUUAAAUUUCUUGUGUAAUAAUUAAUGGACAAAUUGUAUAAACACCACUCUGUGAAUUAUAUAUCUUGCAAGAAUGAGUGGGGAGGCAGAACAUAAUGUUGCUGCUAGAUACAAAACAGUUAGGAAACAUCUAGAUAACUUGGGAUACAAGCAAGCGUUAUCAUUAGAUACUUUGCCUCUGAUAGAGACUCUAUUAGCUGAUCUUAUUCAAACUACUGAUAGUCUCAAGCAUUUUAAAGCUAUUGCUCAAGAAAAUGUCGAGGCAUGCAGUCAACUACAAUUGACAGUUGAUCCUUACAAAUGUGAUAAUGCAAGAUUAGUGAGAGAAUGCAACCAGCUUCAUGCAGAUCUGAUAGAGGCUAAGGAGGCACAUCAAAAACAAGUCAAGGAACUCAAGAAGCAGAUACAUAAGUUAGAGUACGAGUGCAAUGAUUUGCAAUUGGCAUCCUCGCGUAACAUACAUAAAAUAAAGGAACUGGAGAGUGAGUCAGCUGCCAAAUCUAAGAAGAUACUAGAACUACAAGGGAAAUGCUUAAAGCCAACUAUAGUUAAUGUUGGACUAGCUGCUAAGAAGCGUCCCAGCUUUCCUCUUCGAAGAUCAGUCUUAGAAUCUGAGCCAAUGCCAAAGACAAAGAGCAGUGGUGCACUACCGAAAUUGAGCAAUGUGGAGCCAAAGGUAAUAGACAUGAUAAGCAUGGCAGAUCACAAAAUAAGCUGCUUGAAUCACGAAGUAACAAAAUUACAAGGAGAAUUAUUACUACAGACUGAUAUAGUAGAGACUCUUGAGAAACAGUUAACUACGAAAGAGAAAGAAAUAAUUAGGCUGAGAAAAAUGUUGGAGGGUGGUCGUUCCUACGCCGCGGUUAGCAAGGAUUGCGUUUGCAAAAAAUUGGAGAGGAAAGUUGGUGUUACGGAUAACAUCGUGGAAACUGGUGAAAUGCGGAUUCUUCAGCAAACUAAAUUGGAAUUGGAACAGCAGCUGAAAGAAGCUCUAAAUAAACAACAUGAUGCUAUGUCUCAGGCGAUGAAAUUAGCAACGCGAAAUGAAGAGCUAGAGAAAGAAUUGAGAGACAUAGAUCACGUUGCAUUAGCUGUAGAGGCGGAUUGCAAUUCUGCAGUAAAAGAGAAUAACAGAAGAGUUUGCAGGCUUCAGGAAAAAUUAGAGGAUGUCAUGACGCAAGUGCAUGUCUUAGAGCGCGAGUUAACUGUAGAACGUAGAGAAGUGCAGGAGUUGAGGGCGGAUCUAGAAGCAUGCAGGCUUGAGAAACGUAACAUUCAACGUACCUUAGACUCCACGUUAGAUGAAAAGAAACAAAUGACCGACAGGAUCAAUCAGCUAACAAUUAUUGAAAAAAGUUUAAACGAUGAGAUAGGAAGACUGACUAGAGAAAAUGAAAGCUGUAUACAAGCGUCCAAGAACCACAAAAGCGAAAAGUACGGCGUGGAUCAUCAGGCGAUGGUUAAAGACGUGGAAGUUACGAAAGAUGUGAUCAAUCUCGACAUACAGAGACGGAUCGACGAAGCGAAUUUACAAAUCGCGUCUCUCCAACAGUCGAUUCAGCGAUUAGAAGCGGAACGGAAUCACUAUAAGAAGGAGUACAUCAAUUACCGAGAAGAGCAGCGCAGAGUCUCCGAAAGAGAUAACGUUGAACUGUGGACACGGAUCUGUGAAUUGAAACGUGAAUUAGGUGACAAGGAGCAAGCGUUGAGCAAAGCACAACGGGAGAAAGAGGAGCUGUGUCAUGAGAAAGAGGACUUGGAGGCACGAUUACGAACAUACAAAGGUCAGCACAGGCAAACAUGUGUUCCUUGCAGAUCAUGUAGUCUAUGCAAACCCAUUCGUAUUUGUACCUGCGCGUCCGGCUCGCCGAUAGCUACGGGAGACAUAAGUAUGACAAAGACGAUGUUUGAACGUCUGGAGCGAGAGCGGGAUACAGCCAGAGCGGAUGUCGAGCGAUUGAUAGAAGAACGCGACGCAUUGCGGGAGAGGCUAAAGAUGAUGGCGGAGACGCACACGAGCGAGCAGCUUCGUCUCAAAGAGAGUUUGGUCGAGGCGGAGAAUCGCUUGAAGCAUAUAGAGAAAGAACGACAAGAUCUAUUGGUUACUCAGGGAACGAGGAGAGCAGCGAUAAACGGUCUCGAGGAUCAGUUGGAUGAUUUACAGGAGGAAUUGCGCCGCACCAAGCAGGAAUUAAUGACGCAGCGAACGCAAUAUUUUCAACUACGAACUUUGCAGGAUCAAACGGAUCAAGCACUCGGAGAUGCACAGAGUCAAGUAUCGCAGAUGGAGUCGGAGCUGAAUAAAGCUAUGGACCGCAACAGGAGUAUGGAGCAGCAACAGACGCAGUUGAACGAUCAGAUCAAGGAAUUGAAACAGGAAAUUAAUACUCUGCGCUCGAGCAUGACACUCUUGGAUCAAGAGAAGGAUCGAUUAUUGAUGGCUUUGGACGAGAAAACAGAAAGGAUCGCCGCGUUGGAGCGAGAACUGGUGCACAAGGACCAACAAAUGGAAGGGAUGCAGCAGCAGGUUCGCGACUUACAGCACAAAAACGAAAUAUGCGUCGAUCAGAGCGCGGAACAGGAACGGCAGCUGAGGUCGCUGCAGCUGGAAAUGGAGACGGUUCAGCGGCAGUUCAAUGCCGCAUCGGCAGAUCGCGAAAAUGCCAUUCAGGAGAACCGAAAGCUGCAGGACGACUUGGCCGCGGUGACCUGCGAAGUGCGGAAUAUGCAGCGCGAGCUGGAAGCCUCGCAUGCCGAGGCCUACGACCUGAAGAGGCAGUUGCAGACCUAUGUGAGCGAGGUUCGUCGCGCUGAGGAGCUCUUGAAUCGAAAGGAAAACGAAAGAACGGAAAUGUUGAAUCAUUUCCGCAGUCUCAGUCUGGAGGCGACUGUCUUGGAGACUAACAAUCACAGCCUGGAGUCCGAGGCGGCGGAGGCUAGAGGCGCCUUGCAAACGGCGAGGCAUCAGAUGCUCGACCUGGAACGACAACUGACGGACAGAGACUGCUUGAUAAAAGGCUAUGAGACUCAGAUAAGCAAACUGACACAAAGCGUUGCCAGCAUGGAGACACAACUGCGACAGCAGACCGAGCAGAAGCUCCGCGCCGAGGCUGAUCUAAUGGCGAUCAGGGACCUGUGCGUGAAACUGGAUCAACAAAAGGACGCGCUUCUUGAACAACUCGGCGACAAGAAUUCAGUGAAGGCGCAUUACGAGUCGCAACUAUCCAGGCUGAAAGCCGAACAGAGCGUCGCGGAGGAUCAGAUGACUCGGGAUCGCGUGACUGUAGACCGGCUGGAGACCCUUCUGGACCAAGCGAGGCAAGAGUCCAUUGACGCGCAAACCACCAAUCAGGAACUGCAAAAUGAAAUCGCCAGAUUAAAGCAGAGAAUCAGCGAGUUUCAGAGUAAACUGUCGUCGGAAUCCAUGGAACUCAGGCGGUAUCAGACUCAAGCAGCGGAGUACAACAAACAGAUCAGUGAACUUCGCAGACAAGUCACCAACGAGAGGUUCGACCGGGCGAGGAAGGAAGAGGAGAGUCGCAGAUACUCCGAGGAGUCCACAUUUCCAGUUCAGCCGAAGUCUCAAGAUUGCGCGAACCUUCCCCCUCGGCCGGACACGAGAUCCUCUAACGACGAACUCAGUGCCGUCUCCGCGUCCAGAUAUUUGCAGCGAGGAUGCAUUCGGGAUGACGUCAAUGGAACUGACAUAGACACCGCGAGACGUACAAAUCGAUUCGACACGUCGAACACCGUCGCCAUGGCUUGCGCGUGCACUAAACAUCAUCAAGUGCGUCCUGACACGACCGGUUGCAACGUGCAUUGCAUCAAUAUAAUUAUCCGCACAGAACGAGCGGUCUGCCAAGCCAACAAGUCGUGCGGUCAAGAGAAUAAGACUCCUUCGAGCAACGAUUAUCGGGAUAAAGUAGAAACUACGGAUUAUCUGGAGAACGGAUCGUACGGAUUCAGCACGAUGCUACAGGAUACAAACUUCAGUGCUGGGGAAGAAGAUUCGAGGAAAUUACCGACUUCUACUCCUUUGCGAGCCCGGAAGACUAAGACUUUUCAAGAGACGGGUCAGACAGUUAAAACAAUGCAAGACAAGAGCGUUAGAACCGAACUUACACGGAAUAUGUCGUCAGAGGCUCGAUCGAAGACGCUGUUAGACUUGUUGAGGGACAAUCGUGUGAAAUCUCAACGUUGCUCCUGCUCCGAGCCUUGUAUGAUCCCGUACGGGACCAGGAAAGUUAUCGCGGUGAAUACAAUGAAGAGAAUACCUGUGUGUCAAAGACUGAGUCAUGCGUACACAUGUAGGAAAAUUAAUAGGAGAGAUAUCGCUCGUAAAACGAGCGACGUCAAAAUUGACAAUUUUCACGAUAUAAGCAAGAGCAAAGAUGAAGAUCGUUUUCUCACUAUGUAUAAUAAUUCAUCUGGUUACGAAAUAUUUCGAGCCGAUGAGAAAUGGAAUAAUCGAAUUGUACAAACGAUUUCGAGAAGCUAUGUUGAAGAUAAAUUAAACUGUUGGAGAGAUCCGACAGAACGUAACUUGAAUGCUCAGGACGUUCAAAGGGAAUGGACGUAUGUGGAGUAUUUAAUAGACGACACAUUGAAAUUAUUAGGAGAUGCGAACAGAUUAGAAGAAAAAAAGACUAAAAGUUCGGAAGAAGUACAGAAAGAAUCACGAUGGCUCGCGACGAUUUAGCUAACGGCGAUUCACAACGGCAGAUCUCACGAGGCUCGAAUUUCUACAGAUCUCGAGUAAAAAAUGAACGGAAAACUUAGGAAAAUAUUUGUGGUCCAACAAUUCUGGACAAAAUCGUCGAGAUAAAUGGGAAAGAUAAUGUCUCAUAUAUCUCGUGCAUCGAGUAAGUGGCCUUCGACAAUAAUCAACAAGUGGGAAAGCAGACGCUUUCCCCAUGUAAAGUAAUUUAGUGUAAAAUAUCUCGAUAGCGAUCAAGUACAAAUAUAUGAUAAUUUUAACUUAUCGUAUACAACUGAUAUUACAAUAAAUAUUUUAUACUCUCUA